AUGGAAACAAAAACAUCACAACAACAAAGUGUAAAGGCUCUUUUAUAUUUCGCAGUUAUUACAGCUCUCGAUUUAAAAGAAGAAGAAAAAUGUGAAGAUGGUUUGUCAAAAUAUAAUAAUAAUGCCGGCAUCCUUGGAGUAAUUUUAAAUAUGAACGAGCUAGCGAAACAGUUUGUAUUGGGGGAGGAGAGGCAAAAUAAAGCUGUUAAAGGAAGAAUGAAGCAGGAUUAA